AUGUCUUGGUUCGGAAGAGGCACCACCGGCAACGCCUCCUCAAAUGGCAACGCCUUUGCAGGCACUGGCAGCUCGAGAUGGAUCAACAUGGACACUCAGCAGAUCAAAAACUUUGGUGGCGAGCUCACUGGCGAGAACGACGCCUUUUCUAAAACGUUCGGUAUCGAAUUGACGCGUCAACAACGGAUGAUCGGGUUUGCAGCAUGUAUGCUGGGCGGCUUCGUCAUUUCCUUGCUCGGAACGGUCCUGCUCGUCACGGGCUCGAUGGCAGUCUUUGUGAUCCUCUAUUCGGUCGGUGUCCUGGUCUCUUUGACAGGGACAGGCUUCCUGAUUGGGUUCAUGAAGCAAUUUCAACAGAUGUUCAAGCCGGUCAGGAUCGCCUUCACGUUGGUAAUGAUUGUCGCUUUUGUCAUGGUUUGGGUGUCGGUCUUUGCGAUUAACAGUACGAUACUCGCUAUCAUCUUUGUCAUUGUGCUAUAUGUUGCGUUUUUGCUCUAUUCGCUGAGUUACAUCCCAUGGUGCAUUGACUUUAUCAAGCGCAUGGUGAGCAAGCUUUUCUAA